CCGCCCUCUCAUCAGAACCUUCUGUCUGCAAACUGUUGCUCCUCCAUACUUCCGGACAGAGCAGCUCACGCUGCAUCUACGCCUUCUCCAGCUCUUAAAGAUACAGAACAAUGGCAGUGACAACCAGAUUGACGUGGAAAGAGGAAAAGAGUCUGCAACAGCUGCUUGGAAACGUUUCCUUGAGACUUCUUUAUAAGUCUAGGGUGCAUGGAGAUAGCCCUGAGAAUAUGCUUAGAAAGUGUGCUCUUCAGGGGUCCACUAUAACAGUGAUAUACUUCCAUAACUCGCAACAAGACUGUAUUCUUGGGUAUCUUACUGUCAUAGAUUAUGAUUUCAUAAAGCCAAAAGUUUUCUUCUAUUCUUCAUUUGAAAAGGAUGAGACAAGUAAAACAAAAGCUGCGUGUUUAAAUACAACACAGAAAAUUACUGAUGAAGAGCUAACAUUUUAUUCCUCUGAUAAUAAGAUUUUCUCUGUAAUACCAAAGAAUUCUAGCCUUUUUAUACAUGAUGCGUUAAGGGAAAGACUUGGAUUAGAUUUAUACUGUAACUUCAAAUAUUCGGAAUGGGAAGUUUUUCGACUUGAAGGAAUUAAGGAUGUUGCAGGCUACGUACGCAAGAGAACAAGAGCCACAGAGCGCAGAAAUGAGCUGCUAGAAGACCUCAGAGCCUACAAACCUUAUGCAGACUUGGUUUCAGAAAUUCGUAUUCUUUUGCUGGGUCCAGUUGGGUCCGGAAAGUCCAGUUUUUUCAAUUCAGUGAAGUCUGUUUUCCAAGGCCAUGUGACUCGCCAAGCUGCAGUGGGGGCUGAUCUUACCAGCAUUACUGAACUGUAUAGGGUAUAUCCUAUUAAAGAUGGGGAAGAUGGCAAAUCUCUGUCAUUUAUGUUGUGUGAUUCCAUGGGUCUGGAUGAGAAAAAGGGAGCAGGAUUGUGCCUGGAUGACAUACCCUACAUCUUAAAAGGCUGCAUACCAGACAGAUAUCAGUUUAGUCCCCACAAACCAGUUACACCCAGUCAUCCUACUUUCAUCACCUCUCCGUCACUGAAGGAAAGGAUUCACUGUGUGGCUUAUGUCUUAGAUAUCAACUCUAUCAGCAAUCUCUCCUCUAACAUGGUGGCCAAACUCAAACAAGUUCACAAAGAAGUGUUAAACUGCGGUAUAGCACACGUAGCCUUGCUUACUAAAGUGAAUAAUUAUGAUGAAGUUCUUCAAGACGACCUUUUAAACAUGAAUAAAUCUAUGACUUCUAAAACCCAGGUAAUGAAUAUCCAAAGAAUGCUAAACAUUCCUAUUUCUAAUAUCUUGAUGGUUGAAAAUUAUGCUUCAGAGUUGACGCUGAACCCUUUAAAGGAAGUUCUGAUCCUCUCUGUGCUGAAGCAGAUGUUACGGGCUGCAGAUGACUUCUUACAAGAUUUGCCCUGAGAAAACAGAUCUUUGCACGGUACCUGGCAGGGAGCAAGUAUACUCGCCAUUAGGCAUCCCUCCCAGAAUGAUAACAUGUGCUUAAAAUUUGCCUUCUUAUAGAAUGGAAGACUGAGAGAGAAUGAAAUGCUAGAGAGAAGAAAUGGAAAUAAAGGAGAAGAUGUUUCACUUAUCUCUGGAUGAAAAUAUGAAUUUAAGUUAAUUAAAAAGAGCUAAUAUUUCUUAAGAACUUAUACUUUAUUCUGUGAGAAA